AUGGUAAACAAAAAGGUAGUAACAUUUUCUCUUUUUUUACUUUUAAAAUUAUCCAUAAUCAAAUGUAAUAAUGGAGCAAAUGAAAAUAACAUUUUAAAAAAUAUGAAUAUUGAUAGCUCUGACGAAGCUAUUUAUAUGGAGAACCUUCAAAAAUUAAAAGAAUUACUUGAUGAAAAUAAAUUAUCUGAAGCUACUAAAUUAUUUAAUGAAAUGAAAACAGUAUUAGACAAUCAUGGACAUAGCGAAAAUGAUAAUAACCAAAUAAUAGAUGAAAAUAAUUUUUUUCCUGGAAUUAAUGAUCAUAUAUUUGAUAAUUUAAUAAAUCCUAAUGAUAUAAAAGAAAUGAUAAGAUUUUAUAUGUAUUUACAAAAUGUAUUAAAUUCAAAAAAUGAAACAUCGGAAAAAAAAAUGGUAAAAAAAUUUUUAAGAAAAACAAUGGAAAAAGUCAAAAAUAAUAGUGAAAAUAAAUCUAUUGAUGAAAUUAUUAAUGAUAUUGAAGGUCAUGAUGAAAUGUUAGAAAAGUUAGCUAGCUUAAUGAAAAUGAAUAAAGAUGAAUUAAAAGAUCCAGAAACUAAAAAUAAAUUAAAUCAAAUUUUAAUAGGCAUGAUAAAAUUUAGAGAAUAUACAAAUGAUAGUAGUGUUACAGAAGCUUUAUUGAACGAUAUUCAAAUUCAUGAAGUACCAUCAGAAGAUGGAUCUAAAAAACCCAAAUUACAAGUCAAUAUUAGUAACAGUAAAGCACAUUUAGAUAUUUUACAUAAAGCAACAAAAUUUAUGGGAAUGGAAAUCGAUCAUGAAGAAUUAAAAAAUUUAACAGUUAAUAAUAAAUGGUAUGAAAACUUUUUGACUAAUAUUAUUAACAGUUCAGAUGAAUUAUGA